AUGUCGCAUCCCAGGUCGAGGUCCCCAUCGGUCCCCUCUGAGGGUGAGAUCAUCGAAUCAGGCCCAGAGACGAAGGCAACUGCGUCAAAACCUCCUCUUAAUGGCACCAGCGUUGACCGUCCCACCAGAGAUAGCCCAUCCUCUGCCCCCAGAUCUCCCGCGUCGUUGAAAGGCACUCGAUCGCCACUCCGGCUGAGGUCGCGGACCAGGUCCCUAUCGAGAUCCCGCUCUCGCUCCCCGUACAGAGAGAAUAAGACCCAAAAACGCGGUUACGACGACCUUCCCGAGUCCUAUGAUGGUGGUUACGACCGGCGACCCCGCCAUGAGCCCCCGAGACGCUACAGGUCUAGGUACGACGACAGACGCCGUGACAGACCCGCUCCUAACAGGCGCCCGAACUCAUACUACGAUUAUGAUCGCGAAGAGUCCCAUGGAGAACCGCUAAGAUACACUGAUGAUUACGACCGACAUGACCGACACAAGGACAAGCGGCAACGCACCCGCAGUCGCAGCCGAUCCCCUUACCGUGAAUCGAGAAAACCCAAGCAGUAUUCAGGCGAUGAACUUGAUUCAAACGUGGUUAAUCCCGGGCCUUCGGUGGAUACUGGAAGGCCCUUGUCCUCUGAACAGUUGGUGAGGGAACGAGGAAAGGCUUCGGUCGUCGCUCCGGACGUGAAGCUUGGUGCUGAAACACGAAAGAAUCAGGUGCAGGCUUCUUCUAAUCUUCAAGCCCAUGUGGCUGACGAGUAUGUUUGUUCUGUUACUGACGAGGAAGAAUUCGUGACUGACCUCUGUCCCAGAGAAUCCACCCCUAACCCAGAGGUUGCGCAAGAGCCGGAGCUCGCUGAGCCCGUUAACGAAAUUGACGCACUUGAAGCUCGCCGGAAACGCCGUGAAGCCAUUCGGGCGAAACACCGAAGCCAGGCGACCCCACUGCAUCUCAAAGCACUAAAUGUCGGUGACGUUGAAACGGAUUCAUCCACGCCUAGCACUGAGCCAACUAGUGCAAAGGAGACAUCUGGUGGGUUUCGCUCAGAAAAGCUUAGCUUGGUAUUAACGAAACUGACGCCUGUGAACUCAACAGAUUCUCCACGGGCAUCCCCCUUCGAGCAACCCGGGGAGGCAUUCGCUGGUUUUAGUAUUGGAAAAGACAUGGACAUGGUCUUCAAUGCGCCUGUUAUCGAUACUGAUAAGGAUGCUCCCUCUGCUGCUGAUUACGAUCCAACUCUUGAUACGAAGAAAGAAAGACAGAAACAUGGCGAUGUACAGAAUGGAAAGGACGACGUUUCCUCUGCAGCAUACGACGAAACCAAGGCUGCCAAGCAGGAUAUUCUCCUCCCCGAUGCUGCCCCAGCGCCACCGCCAAAGACCGAGGUGUUCGACAUGUUUGCAGAAGACGACGAUGACAUGUUCGCCGAGGAAGCACCUGACGUCAAGCCGGCGCAUGCUUCGGCCACAGCUGUACCGCAGGGCAAGGAACUAGACGUCAGCAUGAUGGAUAACUGGGAUGAUUCGGAAGGCUAUUACGCCGUUCGACUCGGAGAGCUGAUCAACGGACGAUACCAUGUCCAUCAAAACCUUGGCAAGGGAAUGUUCUCGUCUGUCGUACGUGCAACUGACACCCAGACAGGAAGUCUGGUUGCAAUCAAGAUAAUUCGCCAGAACGCCAUCAUGCGCAAGGCCGGCAUGAAGGAGAUUGGCAUCCUGGAACAACUACACGAAGCUGACCCGCAAAAUAAAAUGCACCUCAUCAAGUUCGACCGCUACUUCGAUCACAAGGGCCACUUGUGCAUGGUGUUUGAGAACCUUAGUAUGGACCUGCGUGAGAUCCUGAAAAAGUUCGGCAGGGAUGUUGGCUUGAACCUGCGCGCUGUUCGGGCCUAUGGCCAACAGAUUUUCCUUGGGCUGUGUCUCCUUCGCCGGUGUAACAUCCUGCAUGCAGAUCUCAAACCGGAUAAUCUUCUUGUGAACGAGCAACGCAACAUUCUGAAAGUUUGUGACCUGGGUUCGGCGUCGCCGGCCUCUGAUAAUGAGAUUACGCCUUACCUCGUCAGUCGUUUCUACCGUGCACCGGAGAUCAUCCUAGGUAUCCCCUUCGACUACGCCAUCGAUGUCUGGUCCAUUGGCUGUACCCUCUUUGAGCUGUACACGGGCAAAAUUCUUUUCACUGGCCGAAACAACAACCAGAUGCUUCGCUCCAUCAUGGAGUGCAGGGGCAAAUACCCGCCGAAGCUUCUUCGCCGCGGAUCCCUGGCCCCUCAUCACUUUGAUGAAAUGCUAAACUUCCACAGCGUGGAGGAAGACAAGAUCACCGGCCGUCUUCACACCAAGAUUGUGGACUUCAAGAAACCGACGCGCGACUUGAAAACACGCCUCAUGCCACAAGGAACACGCGGAAUGCCCGAUGCUGAGGUCAAAGAGCUGACAAUGUUCUUGGACUUACUCGACCGGUGUUUGAGUCUUAAUCCUGAGAAACGGAUCACGCCAGCAGAGGCUUUGAAACACCCCUUCCUGGCGCCUAGGGUGUAA